ACUAAAUUGUAAGUUAGUGUUACAUAAAUAUUGAGUUGAGUGUCUAGCGUACCUAAACUGCACUUACUACCUGCAAACUAUUCAAUAGUAGCGAGAACGUCCGCUGCUUCGUUUUAUUGCAGAAAAGUAUUGCUUUUUUUUGUUUUACAAUUGAAUUUCCUUUUGCUCUUGAAACAAGAGGUUUAAAUUAGUGAUUAUAUUUAGUAUAGGAAAUCCACCGGCAGCAUGAAAGUCGAACGCUCUGUUAGGCUUUUGGCUAAAAGUUUGCUGUUUAUAUUUUUGUUUUCUGUAGUUAUAGAGGGUAAUGGAGCUUUAGCACGUAAAGUUCCAAAGAAACAAGAGAACUUGGUGCAAAGUGUGUAUGAUCACCACGUUCGUCCUUUGGGAACAGCGGUUCAUUCACAAUUUGCAAAAGCAACGCCGCCUUUAUUUGAUGCUGCUAAACAAGCUAGAAACGAUGUGAAGUCUUAUUAUGAUAAGCAUGCUAAGCCUAGCUUUGACAACAUUCAUAGCAAAAUUAAAAAGUCUAGCCAUUUCCAAAUUCCUAAGAGUUUAGAGCUUUAUGGACGACGGACUUGGGAAGCUGUUUUAAAUAUAAAAAACAACGAGGAACUUCAUAAAAUUUGCAAUGAUGUGAAAACAAAAACUUCAACUACCUAUAGGGAGAUAAUCGUCCCUGCGACUGAAAAGUUCAUUGCCCAAGUUCAGAUAUACGCGAAAUGGAUUUCCGAAAAAGCUUACGAGCUUUGGAUUGACUUUAUUGUCCCAAAUUAUCAAUACUACAAGCCAAUUGUUCGUAAAAAGAGCAUUGAUGGUUAUAUGGAAUUUCGCUAUGUAAUCUUGCCAUACUUAAAUUCUUCUUUUUGGCAAAUGGUUAAUGUUUUUUCUUAUAACUUAACUUCUUUUUGGAAUAUGCACAUACGUCCUCAGCUACAGCAUAUAUAUGAUAGUGUCUUACAUGAAAACUCUAAGCACUAUGCCUCUUCUACAACAGCUAAAAUGUACAGUGAUUUUUCAAAAUCUAUGCUCUCCACUCCUGUUGUUUCAACUACUGCGAAUCCUGUCGACAAACUCGCCGUUCAACAAACCGUAACUCCUUCAUAUCCCGAAGGCGUUGCUUCAUCUGAGAAAACAGUUGUCCCUGAGUAUGAUCAAAGAAGCUGUAUUACUAACACCUUUGCUCACCUUAGCCAGGAGUUUGAUAGCAUAGAAAGUGAACUUGCUAAUAAAAUUGAAGAACAGUGGAAGGAAUCACUUCAUAAUACGAAUGAUUACUUUUCCAAAGAGUUGAAAUCUUUGGAAGAGCUAUCGAAUCUUCGAAUUUUGGCAAUUGAAAACUCACUAGGAAAUUUGGUAUUCCGUGCUCAAACACUUGGUUAUGAUGAUGCGGUAGCUGAAUUAUUAACCGGUGUGAAGAAGGCGAUUCUAAAUACUCAUGAGCGAGCUGUUGAGUUGCGCAAUCUUGCAGAAAAACUUCAGGAAGAUAUUGUCGGCCGUGUGGAGUCUAGUGCUGAUUUCGUGCGUAAUCAAACAUAUUCCUCUUUCCAAGUGGCUGUUGCUGCUUGUAAUGGAAAUAUUAAUAAUGAUGAUGAGAAAGUAAGAGAAUUAACGCCUGUUUUGGAUAAAGUUCUUCGAUUCAUGAAUUCUACGGUGAAAGAUAUAAAUACUAAACAAAGUUCGUUAUUGGAACAAAGAAAGCGUCAGUAUUUGUCUAGAAUUGGAAGUAUCGCCUCUGACACUAUCCGUCGUUUGACAGCCAUUAAAAAUUCUCAUAAGGUGAAUAUAAAUUCCAAUAUUGACACGGAAUUAUAUGAAAUGGAACCUACUUUAGCUGAUCAAACUCAGAAAAUUGUUGAAGUAAACGCUGAACAUGCACACUGCGACGAUGUUCCUUUGGGUACAGCCUCUUUUGAAUUGCAUGAAGCUGUUACAGGCGUUCCUUCUCCUGUAACUGACAAAAAAGAUUUAAACGCCGAAGUCAGUCAAUCUGAUAAACAUAGCUAUGUGCAGGAAAGCUCGCCCAUUAAAGUGCAAAGAGACGAUGUACUGAAUCAAUCUAUUCUUGAAGAUAGUAUUCCCACAUUAUCCGCUAAAGAUACUAGGAAAGACGAAGAGAAUGUUUACUCAAUUUUGCCUAUUCACUAUGACGAAAAGGAGCAAGCAAAGGCUUUUCCUACUCCUUCUAGAGGUUCCCAAGAAAAAGAGGCACCUGAAAGCGUUUCCAUUCUACCAAUUGUGUACAAUGAAAAAGAUCAAGAAAACUUGUCUUCCAAAGUUUCCGAAGACUCUCAAGUGAAACCUCAGGAGGGUCAUCCUAACAAUUCUGCUCAGGAUAAGAAGGAUGAAGAGCAAGUAUACUCGAUCUUGCCAGUGGAAGUAGAUGAGAAAGAGGUUGAACAAUUUUCUUCAGAUUUUAAUAACAACGGUGGCCACGAAACUGCGCCAGUCAAGACACCAGAUGAGUCUAUGACGGAUACCUUUAAUAGGUUUGAAUCUUCGAACGACGUCCUGACUAGUACGUUCGCCUCUACAGCUACUCAGGUUGCUCAGUAAGUGCUUUUAUCAAUUGCGCCGACAGGAAUAAUUUAUGUUCAUAAUGAGGAUUGCUAAGGUAUUGAAAGAGCUAAUCUUCCGAGCUCUUUAUGUCAAUUAUUGUUAAUUUAAGGAUUAUAAUGGUACGAAAUAUAGAUGGUUUAUCCGAUUUACAGUAGUUUAUUAAGUUAUUUACCCAAGUGUUUAGUUAAACAAGCUCUAUGUUAGCUAUAUAAUAUGCCUAAUGCAUAUUUAUGUUUAUG